AUGUUGACCAUCGCGCUGACGUGGACCAAUAGAGUUGAUAUGGCAUCAGCGAUACUGCUCAGUAUUGCAAUCAUGGCACAACUAUCAUCUAUAUCAGCUCAGCCGGCUCCUGGAUGCCAGUCCCAUUGCGGUGAUAUGGAAAUCCCAUACCCAUUUGGCAUUGGCACAGAGUGUGCUAUCGAACCGGGCUUCGUAAUCUAUUGCAACAAGACUGCUGAUGGAUCUAUGAAACCAUUCCUUAUUAAUGUUGAGGUCCUAAAUAUUUCGUUGCUCCAUGGUCAAACUAGGGCACUAAAUGCCCUGUCGACAUAUUGCUACAAUGAUGUAACAAAGUCAAUGGAAUCUAGCCGAUGGUCACUUGACUUUUCAACAUGGCCAUACCGGUUCUCUAAUCUGCACAAUAAGUUUGUAGUCAUUGGUUGCAACACUCUUUCAUACAUCUACAAUGGAGAGUAUACGACAGCAUGUGCAUCAGUCUGCGCAAAAGCCCCUACAAAUGACUCAUGCGAUGGUGUUGGCUGCUGCCAAAAUAACAUAGCCAAGGGAUUAAAUAGUUAUAACGUCACGUUCUUCACUGUGUACAAUGAUUCGUCGAAUUUGCAGUCUAACCCAUGUAGCUACGCAGCACUGGUGGAAACAGACACGUUUAGGUUCAAAACUGAGUACGUAACUACUAUGAAGUUCAAUGAGACAUACAAUGGACAGCAGCCGGUGGUACUAGACUGGGCAAUUGGGAAGGUUGGAUGCAAGGAGGCAAACAUGACUUCUUACGCAUGCCGUAGCAAACAUAGCGAGUGUGUAGAUUCGAUCAAUGGACCUGGGUAUCUAUGUAACUGCACUCUUGGGUAUCAUGGAAAUCCAUACAUCACUGAUGGAUGCAUAGAUGUCAAUGAAUGUGAGCAAAAUCAAAGCCCAUGCCCAAAAGGUGCAACUUGUCGCAAUACAGAAGGAUGGUACCAUUGUUCUUGCCCUGUGGGAAGAAAGUUGGCAAAGGAAACAAACACUUGCAACCCAGACAUCAGCCUGAUCAUAGGUGUCAGCAUUGGCUCCAUUGUUCUAGUGAUUAUCAUUUUCUUCGUGCGUAUAAUUUUUGAGAGAAGAAAGCUUACAGAUGUCAAGAAAAAAUACAUCCAGGAACAUGGAGGGCUGCUAUUAUUUGAGAAGAUGAAAUCAGACCAGGGACUUGCAUUUAAGGUGUUCACUCAAGCAGAACUAGAGCAAGCAACAAACAAGUUUGAGAAAAGCCAGAUUCUUGGACAUGGAGGACAUGGCACAGUGUACAAGGGAAUAACUAAGGAUAACAUUACAGUGGCAAUUAAAAAAUGUGCACUAAUUGAUGAUAGACAUAAGAAGGAAUUCGGUAAAGAAAUGUUAAUACUUUCACAGAUUAACCACAAGAACAUUGUUAAGCUACUGGGUUGCUGUCUUGAGGUGGAUGUCCCGAUGCUAGUGUAUGAGUUCAUUCCAAAUGGAACAUUAUUUGAUCUUAUUCAUGGCAAGAACCGUACUCUUCAUAUCCCUUUCAGUUCUCUCCUAAGAAUUGUUAAUGAGGCAGCUGAAGGGCUUGCAUUUUUACAUUCCUACGCAAAUCCACCAAUUUUGCAUGGUGACGUGAAAACAUCCAAUAUCCUUCUUGAUGAGAAUUACAUGGCAAAGGUAUCAGAUUUUGGCGCCUCCAUAUUAGCACCAAAUGAUGAAGCGCAGUUCGUGACAAUGGUUCAAGGAACAUGUGGAUAUCUGGAUCCUGAAUAUCUACAAACAUGCCAGUUGACAGAGAAGAGUGAUGUGUAUAGCUUUGGUGUGGUCAUCUUGGAGAUCCUUACUGGGCAGAUGCCAUUGAAACUUGAAGGUUCUGAGCUACAGAAAAGCUUGUCAUCAAGCUUCCUAUUGGCAAUGAAGGAGAAUAAUCUUGAGGCCAUGCUAGAUAGCCAAAUUAAAGGUCAUGAGAGCAUGGAACUGCUCAGUGGACUUGCUGAGCUAGCGAAGCAAUGCUUGGACAUGUGCAGUGAGAAUAGGCCAUCAAUGAAAGACGUAGCUGAGGAGAUUAGCAGACUAAGAAAACUUUCGAAACAUCCUUGGAUACAGCGUGAUAGUGAGACAGAGGGCUAUCUCAGUGGACCAUCAACCAGUAACUUUGAAAUUGAGCAAAGCACUGAGUACACAAGGAAGGACGAACAAAUGCCCAUAAACCCAAGCACUUCGUAUUUUAUCCGGUGAUAACAAUCUGUUACAAGAGCUUUCCUGUUUUCCUUAUUGAUUCUUAACAUUAUUCUUUCCAAUUCACUGGUGGUUCUAUAUUGCAACUGCACAA